CUCGGUGACUGUAAUCAGACGGUGUAGGUCGUUCUUCUAGAAAACGGGCCAUAAAGAACAGCCAUGACCACGCAGAGGGAAAUUCCGGUCAGCUACGAAGACCGGGACAAUUUUCUGAACUUCGGAAAGGUGGUGAUCGUUAAACCAAGUGACACGAUGCUGCCGGCUGGUUACAAAAAAUUUGCCAACGCCAUCUACAACUUCGAGUACAGGAGAGAUGAUGUCUGCUUGUUCACUUUUCCUAAGAGCGGGACCGGACGCCACAUUGGGGAAAUCGAGAGGGCGCUGACCGAGAGUCUUAAUAACAGAGUUUACUUUGUUGAUAAUGAUUUUAUGCAUCGUUUCAAAGAGGACGACUACAGGUUAAAGUUGAAGAACUUGUGUCCAGACGCAAAGGAAGAUGAUGGUCUGGUGCUGCAGUUGGCAGCCCUGGAAAAAGGACGUCGCUUAAUUUGGAGUCAUCUGUCUUUUGAUCUCCAGAAUCCAGAUGUCCUCGAUAAAUGUAAACGUCUAGAGAAGCUUCAGCAGUUUCUUAAAUAUGUUGGUUCCCUAUAUUUUAGUGCAUUAAAAACUUUUGGAAAUGCCAGUCUUCCACUUAUAGCAGAGACAUUCCUAAGUGGGAAAGCGAUCUACGGGAGUUACUGGCAUCACGCCAACGAGGCUUGGAAAAGGAGGGACCAUCCCAACUUGCACAUCAUGUUCUACGAGGAUAUGAAAGCGGACAUCAUGGCUGAGCUUAGGAAGCUGAACGAAUUCUUGGGGACGAAUCUUACCGAGGAUCAGCUUAAGAAGGUAGCAGAACACACUAACUUCAACAAUAUGAAGGAAAACCCUACGAUGGCUCCCAACAGCGUCGACUUCAAAGGGUCCUUCUUUCACACGGGAAAAGUCGGGUCAUCCAAGGGACAACUCUCGCCAGAACUUGACGCUCGGGUGGAUGCAUGGGUCAAGGAAAAUGCUUCGAAACUGGACCCUGCCUUCAAGUACGCCUUUUAAGGUCAAAUUUUGAAAGGACUGGGAAUUCUGAUAAUCUGAGUCAUUGUGUAGGUGCUUUGACCCUGUUGAAGAACUGAAAUUUGAAAGCUAAACUUGUUUAGUAAAAGAUGUCUGAACAAAUUUGUUUCAUGUAUUUUUUCACCCUUUUGGGCAGCGAUACAACCUGACACUUCCCUUCAUCAGCAAAAGAUAUUUUCUC